UUCGGCACCUGAUCCGCUAUUAUAACGAAACUCCAGAGUAUUUUGAAAAUUCUUUUCAGUGAUAUUGAGUUCUGAUAAAUACAAUUUACUUUCUCAAGGCAAACCAGCCGAGAUUGUGUAAGGAAAUGAACAAAAAUGGCAACAUUGCAAACAUAUAUGUUCGUUGCAAUACGCUAGUUAUAACAGCGGCCAUAACGAUUUCAUUGGCAGUUACGGUGUUUGGAAACGACACUCAGUCUCGACAAACAGAAAAUCAUUCGCCACAGCUGGCAUCAGCGAAGAAUGCCAGUAUCGUUCAAGUCAAGAUAGGGCUAUCUCCAGCAUCGGAGGCUGUUAAUUGUACUACAGAGAGGUCGCAUAUUCAAGAUGAACGCUUAAUUUCGGUUUUUCCUUGUAAAUCGAAAAUAAAAAAACAUGACCAUUUAGCUUUUUCGGUGAGCACGGACCUGGAGAGUCGCAAAAAAGAUGUUUUAUACGCGAACAACUCGAACAUACAUUACAAGAUGGAAGCCAAUCUAUCGGUGGAGCACGUUUUUCUCGAGUGGCGCAAAGACACGCAGGUGUACCUCGGUAUAAUGCUAAAUUUUAUCGAUUCCAACAUGACAUUUGUCUUCAACUACGUGAAUUGCACGCGUAGAUUUCAACCUAUCUGGAUGUUACCUCGGCCACUUUGUGGGCCUGACGGCCACAGAGAAGUCGCAGCAUUUCGACAUCGUCUACCUAAGUAUCUCCUUGAAGGUAAAAUCGUGGGUAAUUUCAGCUGUUCGAAUAGCUCGUUGAAUAUCGGUGGAAACGAGCAACUCCACGUGAGCAAGAUCAGGUUUCGCCUAGACGUAGAUUUAACGUCAAAACGUCUAACACUUGAAACCUGCCCACCCGACGACUGGCAAAGUAUCAACUGUAACACUGCAUUCAACCGAACGGUGAAGAUAAACACUGCCCAAUUGGACUUCCGCAACAUCAGGACCCUUUUCUUUGGUAGUUGGCCUGGUCAGCAUUUGAUGGACCUACGGACCUUCGCUGGCGAUUCAUCGAUACUAACCUGGUGUGAAGAAGAAAGAAAAGGCACCGAACACGAUACGUGGCCGAAGAAGAGUCGUCGUCAUGACGAUCUUUAACGAAUAUAUACUUUGAAUAAAUCAAUUCAAGGAACGUUUAAGAUAGCAAAUCUAUUAUGCAUGGGUAAAAAUGAAGUAGUGGGGGUCGUCCUACUUCAUAGAACCGCUAGGACACAUAUCGAAAAUCGCAGGAUCAUC